AUGUGCGGUGCACCUGUGGUGCUCAACAUGCUAUCCAAUUCCCCCGACAACGAACCUCUUAAAAACCCCGUUAACAUCCUCCCUGUCGGAGAUCCACCACCGGCGGCUGUGCUCCCCCGUACGGAAUACCUGGGUUUCGUGGUGAGCCACGGCUACGGGUUGACCGAAACGGCGGGGCUGGGUGUGUCGUGCGCAUGGAAACCAGAGUGGAAGGCCAGGCAAGUGGUGAGGCUAGCGGGUAUGACCCGGAUCGACGUGUUGGAUCCGAACACGGGUAAGAGCAUGAAGCGGGACGGGUCAACGUUGGUUGAGAUAGUACUGAGAGGACCUGAAAGAUCUGAUUGGAAUGGCGACGUGCAUGAAGGACGUGUUGAAAUAUAA